AUGGAUCGCAAAAGGCAAAAAUCAAACGAAGGCAAAGACAUAAUGAGCAACCUACCCGAACAAAUCAUGAGCCAAAUACUCUCUUGUCUCCCCAUCAGAGACGCUGUCCGUACAAGCGUGUUAUCCAAGACAUGGAUAGGCCGCUGGACAUGUGUCACCAAGCUAGAAUUGAAUGAGCACAUUUUCUAUCACGGCAAGAAGAAGACAGGAAAACAACACUUCAUAGACUUCGUGAACAGAUCUCUCCUCCUCACUGAAAGUUCAAGUGUCCAGAGUUUUAUUCUUGUUAUUUUCAACAAACACGAUCCAUCCGUUGUGAACACAUGGAUGGCAAAUAUCUUGGGUAGACGUGUCAAGAAACUUGAUCUUCGUUUAGAUCAUGAUCUUAACUUAUCAGCUCUUUCUUCUCAUAAUCUCUUUAUGAAAAACAAAUAUUAUAUGGAAGAAUUGGUCUUGCACAUGAGUCGUUGUGCUAUUCGAAUUCCGACGCCGUCAUACUCAUAUGGCUAUUUCCAUUUCAGCAACUUAGAAUUCUUGGACCUGUCUGGGAUUACAUUUACUUUUCACUUGAAAGAUGUGAGACUUAGUUGCCCUGUGCUCAAAGAGCUGAAGACAAAAAAUUGCUACUGGCUAAGGGUAAAAUGUGUGACUUUCGAAGUACCUUUGCUUGAAAGGUUUUCCGUUGAACACGGCAGCAGCAAAGCUGUAUCUGGCGAGGAGUCGCUUAAUAAUUUUGCUGCUAUGAUCAAGAUUUGUUCUUCGCGUCUAACCGAAUUCACAUGGGGUGGUUAUAUGUUAGAAGAUCUUGUUUUUGCUGAUCCAUCAUCAGCCAAAGGUGCUACUGCAAAUAUCAUUUUACGGAGACCUAAAAAUGUGACUCUACAAGAAACACAGAUUCGUAUUUCUAGGCUUUUUAAACAAUUCACUCAAGUAAAAUGCCUCAACCUUGUGGGCACACAGGUUCUGGCAGAAUGCAAAGUUUCUUUGACUACUUUGCCAUGGAUGAAAAUGUUGACCAGUCUUGAGCUUGACUUGGUUAAUGGUGAAACUCUGUUAGGCUUACUUCAUAUGUCCCCAGUUAUCAGGACCCUUGAAUUUACGGGAAUAUCUAUGUUUGAGAAAGAGAUAUUGAAUUCUGCUGCCGUGCCCAAAUGCUUGCUGUCCACCCUAGAAGUGGUGAAAUUCGGAAGAAUUCAUGGAAGUGAGCAUGAGCUUUGUUUGGCUAAAUUUAUUGUGGAAAAUGCUUUAGUACUAAAGAGGAUGAGCUUCUCCUAUUAUGGUUGGCAAAGAGAAUCGAAGGCUAUUGAAGACUUCAAAGAAAAACUAUUCACUUUUAAAAAAGGUUUCAAGUGUGCGAUUAUCGAUUUUCAUCAUGCUGGUUACUAG